AUGGACCCCACUCAGAGAAGCGCCAUCGUCCUAGAUAAUGGAUCCGGGUUCACCAAGAUGGGCUUUGGCGGCAAUCUAGAGCCCAGCUUUGUAAUCCCCACAGUCGUUGCUUGUCAUGACUCAUUCGCCGCCUCUGCUGCGCUGGCGGCGCCUGGAGCCAAUGCCGUGUCGCCAGCUCAGCAGCAGCAGCAGGCCCACGUGGCAGCGCUCAUGGCUGACCUGGACGUCCACGUGGGCGAGGCGGCGUACGCUGCUGCACGAUCUGGGCCGUACAAGCUGACGCACCCUGUGCAGAGAGGACAGAUAGAAGCAUGGGACGCCAUGGAGCAUCUGUGGCAGCAGAGCCUCUUCAAGUACAUGCGGGUGGAGCCAGAGGAGCAUGUGCUGCUGCUGGCUGAGAGCCCUCUCACCCCACCCGAACACCGAGAAUACAUCGCCGAAAUCAUGUUUGAAACGUUCAACGUGGCAGGUCUGUACAUGGCUAGUCAACCAUCCCUUGCCCUCACUGCAGCAAACACGGCAGCUCAGGUCCCAAUGACAGGCGUGGUGGUGGAUGCAGGCUUUGCUUCAGCCUCUGUCGUCCCCGUGGUGGAGGGCUAUGUUUUGGGGGGCAGCUCUCGCUCCAUGCCCGUGGGCGGCGCUCACUCCACGGCCUUCGUGCAACAGCUCAUGCGGGACCGAGGGGAGCCGGUACCAGCAGAGGAGGCGAUUGAAGUGGCGAGAAAAGUGAAGGAGACCUAUGGAUACACAUGCUCCGACCUUGUCAAGGAGUUCACGAAGCACGACAGGGAGCCCAAUAAGUACCGCAAGGUGUGGACCGCCACCAACGCGCGCACCAACACGCCCUACCGCUGCGACGUGGGGCAUGAGCGGUUUCUGGCUGCUGAGGUCUUCUUCGCCCCAGAGAUAGCAGUGAGCAACGUGGGCACGUCGCUGGCAGAGCUGGUGGAUGCAGCGGUGCAGACUGCCGCCAUCGACACACGCCGCUCGCUCUACAAGAACAUUGUGCUCUCAGGCGGCUCCACCCUCUUCAAGGACUUUGGGCGGCGCUUGCAGAGAGACGUGAAGAAAGCUAUCGAGGCCCGCAUGGCCGGGUCCAGCGAGCCCAAGGCAUCGGACAUAGAGGUGGCAGUGGUGUCCCAUCAUCUGCAGGAGCAUGCCGUGUGGUUCGGGGGCUCUGUUGUCGCCUCCUCCCCGGGUUUCCAAGGGGUGUGCACCACACGAGCUGCUUACUUGGAGCACGGGCCUAGUGUAUGCAGAGCAAACAGAAUGAUAAGUGCCUCUUUGUCGUAA